AAAUUAAAAAUUGAUUGACAUAGAUUGGUGUAGAUCAUAAAUCGGAACACUUAAAUCAUUCGCAAAAGUUAAAACAGAGAAAUACAUAUCUUAUAUAUACACCACAGUGUAAUAUUAUACGACAAAACGUCUGCAUACAAAUACUCAUUAUUAUUAUUAUUAUUCAUUAAUAUUAACACCAAUUAAUAUCAAUUAUCUUAUUAUCUAAUAAUAACAAUAGUAACUAUAAUAUGUCAUCAACUCAUUCGAAUAGAUCAACACCAAUAUCAAGAACACCUAUCAGCGUCACCAACACCAACACCAGCACCAGCACCACCACCACAACAACAGCUUAUUCUUAUCAACAUCCUAACUAUUUAGAUAAAGAAUCAUUAGCUGCAACUAAAAUUCAAGCUGGUUAUCGUGGUUAUUGUACACGGAAAAAAUAUGGUAAUUUAUCAUUGAAUUCUUCUUCACCAUCAUCAAAUUAUAAUGUAACAUCUAAUAGACAAUUAUAUACAACACAUCAAUCACCAUUAAGAAAUAAUAACGAUUUAGAGAAUGCUGCCACACGAAUACAAGCUAGUUAUCGUGGUUAUUUAACUAGAAAAUCAUUACGUGAUGAUAAUAUUACACAGAAAUAUACACCAAUUAAAAAUGUUUCUUAUCAUCAUGAUAAAAUCAAUAGAAUCAAUAAGAAUGAAAAUGAUGAUGAUGAUGAUGAUGAUGAUGAUGAUGAUAUUGAUGGGAAAGUGAAAGCAGUCACUAAAAUUCAAGCUGGUUAUCGUGGUUAUAAAACAAGAAAAUCAUUAGCUCCAUUAUUACAUCCUCAACAAAAUUUAUUAUUAUCAAAUAAAGAAAAUCAAAAUUAUUCAGAAUAUAAAUGUAUCAAUCAAGAUAAACAGAAUAAUCAUCAUCAUCAUCUGCAUGAUUUAUAUAAUCCGGAAUUAGCUGCCAUUAAAAUACAAGCAACCUAUCGUGGUUAUAGAACUAGACGACAUUUACCUAAAUAAAUUUAUCAUAUAAAAAAAUAAUUCAAUUCAAUGCAUACUAUAUUAUAAUGUGUAUUUUCAUUAAUCAUUGAACAAUCUCUCACUUGUCAUUUACACCAUUUUGGGGAUCAUGAUUACUUUUGAUGAAUUCAAGUCAUUGAUCUUUUUAAAGCGUAAACAAUAUUUGCAUGCUCAUUUGACUAUCAGUUUGUUUCUUCUUCUUCGUCUUCUUCUUCUUCUUGUUGUUCUUGUUCUUGUUCUUCUUUUUAUGUAUGUUUUACUAAUUCUAUAUUGAAAAAAGAAGUAUGGUAUUGUUAAUUGCAAAUGGGAUAAAAUAUUGUGUACAAUGAUUAGUUCUUUUAAAAAUAAUUAUUAUUUUGCCCAAUUAAACAUCAUCUAGUACUGUAUACUUCCAUUAUCAUAUGGAUCAACUUAUUUAUUUACUUAUUCAUUUAGUUGAAAUAUAUAAACAAAAGUCACACAAUAUUAUGAUGCUUCCAUUCAGCUUGUAAUAAUGUUUGUUUAUUUCUUUUUUAUAUUUGGGGAUUGUUGUUGUUGCUGUUGUUUUGUUUUAAUAAAUACAAUAAUGAUGAUGUGAAUAACAUCAUAAAUGUUUU